CAUUACAAUGCCCCGUGUUUCGUUGCUCCUCGCCGGCCUUCUGCUAACUGCCAGCUCAGCCUAUCUUUCCGAAUCAUGGAUGCUCAGCUCGGAACGACCGUCCGGGCCUCGAUGUGUGCCCAUACCACACAAUCUCACCAUUUGUUACGGCAUGCAGUACAAUCAAAUGCGACUUCCGAAUCUUUUGGAGCACGAGACUAUCAACGAAGCCAUACAUCAAUCAAGUGAUUGGAAAUCAUUGUUACAGCUGAACUGUCAUCCCGAUACGCAGCUUUUUCUAUGCUCCCUAUUUGCCCCCAUAUGUCUCCCAACCAUGGACAAGGAGAUCCUGCCCUGUCGAUCACUUUGCGAAGCUGUAAAGCAGGGCUGCGAGGGACGAAUGUCCGUGUACGGUUUCCCAUGGCCGGAAAUGCUGUCAUGCGAUAAAUAUCCCGAGGACAACGACAUGUGCAUCAAGGCGAUGAGCACCGAGAAACAAGCUCGGGAUAUCAGCUGCCCAGCGUGCAGUCAGGUGGGAACAUACGAGAAUCUUGUGGACCAUUUCUGCCGCAGUCAACUAGUUGUGAAGGCAAGAAUAAACGCUGUAACGCCAACCCACAUCAGUCUACGAAAUGCCAGAAGUCUCAAGAAGGGUGACCGACGGAGGACGGUGGAAGACAUGGAUGUUCGGCUAAACGCUGACUCGUCACCUUGCCCAUGUAACAUCACAAGCACGUCUGACCGAAGAUUUUUGGUGAUGGCAUCAAAAAGCAAUGAUGGCUUGCUAGCAGCUAAUCUCAUUCUUCCUUGGAAGAAGGAAAAGAGUUUCAAACGGGCAAUUCAUCAAUUCCAACGGUUGAACUGCAAGUCGCUCGGACGGGAAAUUCGCGAAAGCGCUUCUCGACGGCCACACUACUACACGAUGAGGAGGCACAACCAACGGAUUCUCUGAAUGCGCCCUUCAGUCGUUCACAACCCCGGCCAAACUGUGCUGUCCUUCGUACAUUCUCCGUCCGUACAAUCUCGCAUCUCAAUCUCUGCCCGAAACAGGGUUGUGUAGAUCUUAUUGUCAUUGUUAAUAAUUGAGACGUUGCUAGAACCAAUGUCGAACAUACCGAGCUUGCCUAUGUCGGGGUACUUUGAUAUGAUUAAAUUUUUACUUUGCCAAACAUGACGCUUUUAGUAAAUGAAACUGAGG